CCACGAGUCUGAGGAUGAAUGUGCGCUCGAUUUGGAACUCGUGACCGAUCUGGUUCUGCACAUCGAUGCCCGUGGGGAGCCAGGUGGGAUCCUCUGCUUCCUGCCUGGCUGGCAGGAGAUCAAAGGGGUGCAGCAGCGCCUGCAGGAGGCCCUGGGCCUGCACGAGAGCAAGUACCUCAUCCUGCCAGUGCACUCCAACAUCCCCAUGAUGGACCAGAAGGCCAUCUUCCAGCAGCCCCCCGCCGGGGUGCGCAAGAUCGUCCUGGCCACCAACAUCGCCGAGACCUCCAUCACCAUCAACGACAUUGUGCACGUGGUGGACAGCGGUCUGCACAAGGAGGAGCGCUAUGACCUGAAGACCAAGGUGCACCCAUCUCCGGGCCCGGCCAGCCCCGGGGCUCCCAAGGCUGAAGGUGGCCCUGCCCCAUGAGCCUCGGACCUGCUGUGUCUGAACAAGGCCACACUUUCUGG